AUGGCGCCGACCUCUCGCGACAUGGCCCUGUCGGUCUUAAUUCCACUACCAUUCGACAUAAUAUCGACCGUCUUACGCUUCUGGAUCCGUUACAAGAGGAAGGCAUGGGGACCAGAUGACUGGGCUAUGUUGAUCAACUUGCCAUUCUGGUCGGUGAGUACUAUAGCCACAAUCGCCAUGGCUUGGAGUGGUGUUGGUCAGUACGAUGGCUCUUUGAGCGAGUAUCAAUAUUCCAACUCUUUGAGGUGGUUUUAUAUCUUUCAGGAGCCCUGGUGCUUCACUCUCAUCGCCAUCAAAUGUAGCAUCGGGUUCGCCUUGAUCCGAAUCGCGAGCGGCAAGAAAUGGAUCGAGAUGGUCAUCUACACCUGCAUGAUAUCUUGUUUUGUCGUCAUGGGCGGAACAGGGAUGUACCUUUUCUUCCAAUGUUCACCGGUACAAAAGAAUUGGUAUGUCAACAUGGAGGGCGUAUGUAAAGAGCGCAGCAUCCAGACGGCACUGUCAUAUGCCGUUGCCGUGGUAUCAAUUUCGACAGACUGGAUCUUCGCGACCCUACCCAUCUUCCUGCUGUGGGAUGUACAACUCGACUGGCGAGUCAAAAGCUCCGUGAUAGCCAUGCUCGGCUUGGGAAUCUUCGCCUCCAUCGCCCCAAUCGUGCGUCUCAAGUUCUUAAUCGGCCUGAACGACCCGAACCGGCUUCUCCAGAACCUCGGUGAAAUCCUCGCCUGGGCCACCGCAGAAAUGAAUGUCGGCAUGUUCGUCGCCAAUCUACCCGCAUGCCGACCCAUACUCACCAACCUCAUCACCCGUUUUUCUACCUGGUCCGGAAGCCACUCGCGACCUUCUCAUGGCUUGUCGAAGAAGCCAUAUGCCCGAGGUUCACUGCGUGGCGGCGAUCCGGCCUCGAAACACUGGAUGGAGCUUGAUGAGCGACCAGAGAGCACUGGGCUGAAGAACCACUUGGGAAGCAAAUCCAAGGAAGUCGGUGUCGAGACGAAGAUUUAUGGCGACUUGGAUGAGUUCAGCAACACUAGUCUGGAUCAUGAUGACGGGAGCCAGAAGCGUAUCGUUAGCAAGCGACCGAGUGGCGAUGGCAUCCAGGUCAACGUUCAGAAAGACUUCAAAGUGGAGAUUAGUAAUGGAAAGCAACUACCAGCGUUGCCGAGGUUACCAUCGGAAUCUGUCUGA